AUGGAUAGAAGGGAAUUGGAGGCGUGCCUGUAUGAUGUGUUGAGGUCUGAUGCGCAUGCAGGAAAGCGGGCGGAGGCACGGAUUAUGGAUGUGCAGGCAAACGACUUUAGCAGGUUUGUGCCUGUUCUUGCGGAGGUCUUCUGCGAUGUGAAUACAAACGAUCAGGUGAAGAUGGUUGCCGGGAUUAUUUUCAAGAACACAGUGCAUGCGAAUGAUGCGGAGCUGCAAAGGAUGUGCUUGAACCGAUGGCUAGGGCUUGAUGGAGGGGUACGUGAGUAUAUCAAGGGAAUAUUGAAGGGGGCGCUUGAAGGAUAUGUGCCGAGGUUCUGUGUGAUGGCAGGGGGGAUUCUUGGACACAUUGCAAGGAUAGAGGUAGUGAAUGGGAUUGAUGUAAGGUUUUUUGAAGAGAUGAGGAUGAGGGCGAAUGAGGAGGAGAAGAUGGAAGGGGUGUGCGAGGCUGUUGGAGUGAGCACGAGCUAUAUUGCAAAGGAGGCCCCGGGUGUGCUUGAGGAGCAGGUGGUAAGGAUGGUGUUUGAGACGUGUAUAUGUGCAUUGGUUAAUGGAACGACCAGUCGAAGGAAGCUGGCAGGGCUGAAGUGCUUAAUGAACAGCAUGGAGGCGUCAGGGAUGUUCUGCAGGGCAGAGGACAUGAGGGUGUUUCUUGAUGCAACGAUGGGGAUAUGGAAUGGAUCUGAUGAUGAGCUGAUCCACAAGUCGAUGAUAUGCUUCAACAGGAUGGUGAUGCUGUACUACAAGUAUGUUGAGAAGGAGAUGCUUGAGGAUAUGCUAUCUCAGUAUCUGGGGAGGUUUUUCAAGUCCACCUCUGACGACAUUAAGGUACAGGCAAUUGAGUACUGGUGUAUUUUUGCAGAGAUGAGGGAUGGAGAGAUGAUUGAUAAGUAUCUGCCGGUGGUAUUGCCGGAGAUUCUUAGGCUUCUUUCGAAGGGGGAGGACUACAAUGCCGAUGGAUGGACUUCGCACAAGGCAGCGUCUUCGUGUCUUGAGAUGUAUGCAGAGAUAAAAGGCAGCAAGCUGAUGAGGAGUGGAGUAGUAUGGGGGUUUAUUGAGUCGUCUCUAAGAUCAAGCACAAGGCUUAAUGUGGAUAUUGGGGCAAUAGCGCUAGGGAGUGUCAUGUGUGAGGAAUGUGAAGACUACCUAGUGAUGGUGAUGCCUCAACUUGUGGAGGGAGUUGAUUUUGAAGAGUCGAGGGAGUCGUGCCUGUGGGCGCUAUCGAAAGCAGCAGAAUGCAACUUUUAUGCGCUGGUUGAGCAUCUGCCUGUUAUCAUCAGCAAGUGCGGAGGGAUUGUUCUUGAGGGCGCGAAGCCAUCUGUAGGAGCAGCAUGGGUGAUGAAUUGUGUGUUUGAUUCGAUUUGUGAGUCGAGGAAGAAUGAGACGUAUGCAAAGCACCUGCCAAGGGAUAUGAAGAAGAAGGCAGAUGGAUUUGUGGAGAAUUUUCUUGUGAAGCAAUAUCUUGAUGUAUUGAAUGUGUUGGUGAAGGGGACAGAGAUGGUGAGUCUGAAUGACUCUGGGCUGAGGAUAGCGUUGUUUUCUGCACUAAACUCGCUGAUUUAUGUAUGUCCACCGAUGCUUUUGAGUAUAUUGAGCGGGUUUUAUGAGUACGCGGCUAGAAAGAUAGAUGAGUGUGUUGGAGUGCUUGGCCAUGCAACACAAGACCAGAUACUAGUUGUUGAGGAUGUGCUGUCGAACUAUAUAGGCCUUGUUGAGGCGAUUGCGAUGUCUAGGAAGAUGGAGGGAGUUGAGGAUGUGCUAGGAGUGUUUAUAAAGGUUCUUGACUCCACGCCAACAAUAGCGUUUGGAGAGGUUUAUAUCAGCUUGUCGAAUCUAUCGGCAAAGUUUGUACCGCAUGUGCCGAUUCUGCUGCCAUACAUCACGCGUGAUAUGAGAUGCACGGACAAGUUUGUGCUGAACUCUGUGAUAAACCUUGUUGGAAGACUUGCAAGCACCAUGGGAACUGAUUUUAGUGUGAUAGCAAGUGUGGUUACCCCGCUACUGGGGCAAUGCCUUGGAUCUGAGUCUACGCCAAAAGAGCUGAAGCCUGUGAUUCUUUCUGUGUUUGGAGACAUAGCAUUGGCAUUGGAGAGGGGAUUUGAACCGCAUAUUGAGAUGGUGGUGAUGCUAUUCUUGCAGAUAUCUGAGCUUGACCUUCGUUGUGAUGAGGAGUAUGUUGAAGAGCUGCGCAAGAAUGCGCUUCAGCUUGUGAAUUGCUCGUUGGUCGCGGUUGGAGACUGUAUGAAGGUGAGGAGUGUAAUGCCGAGGAUCCUGAGCAUAGCACAUGUAAUUAGUGCGAGCGACGGUGAUGGAAGGGUGCAUGAAGAAACACUUGGACUGAUUGAUGAUCUUGCUGUGAUGUAUGGAAAGAACUUUGGAUUGGAUGAUCCAUGGAUCAAGGAGUUCUUGUACAGUGUGAUGAAGCAUGGCAAUGAUAAGAAUAGAAACAGAGCCGGCCAAAUUCUGGAGGUGCUUAGAUAA